AAACCCGUUCGGCAGGCGUCAGUUCCGAUUUUUUGUUGUUUAACAAUGUCCGAAUGUAGCAUUGUCAUAUAUGUGGCCAUUUUGGCUGUUUUGACCAUUGGUCAAGCAAAUGGAACCCGGUAUGAUGGGCAUCAACUUCUCCGGGUUCAUCCCACCAGUUCCCGCCAGGUGGCGUUUCUGAGGAAACUCCAUGACAACGAGAAUCUACAGCUCGACUUCUGGACAUAUCCUAUUCUUGAUCGUGAAGUAGACAUCCGGGUCCCUCCGAGGUCAAGGUCAUAUGUGACGCGACUGAUGAAAAAGGCGGGUCUUUCAACACGGGUUGCUAUUGACAACAUCCAGUCAUCUAUCCACAAAGAACUUGAAGACAUGGCCAAUAGGCGGUUAUCAACGACUGGUCACGCCACCUACAAUUUUAUGUGCGAAGCUUUUGGAGUUAACUGCCCGCCAGACGAAAGCGGAAGUGGUUCCACAACGCCAUCUGGUGGAAUUGUUGGCAGAUUUUCACGUCACAGUGAGAUUGAUGCCUGGCUGAGCACCGUUGAGUCUGAGUUCGAACAAAUCGCCUCUGUGGAAUCUAUCGGAAAUUCAUACGAGGGCCGAGACAUGAAAAUCAUCAAGAUAGGAAAGGCUUCCUCGAACCCGAAACCCGUGAUUUGGAUCGAGGCUGGAAUCCAUGCGCGUGAGUGGAUAUCUCCAGCUGUAGCUGUUUGGACAAUAGAUAAGUUGCUCCGGAACUACGGCGUAGACGAUGACGUCACAUUCAUGCUGGACACGUUUGAUUGGUUUUUCCUACCGUCAGCCAACCCUGACGGUUAUGAAUAUACUUUUACGAAUGAUCGUCUAUGGAGGAAGACACGGAGUCCCCAGGGUCGGGGAUGUUACGGGGCGGACCCGAACCGGAACUUCGACGUAGAAUUUGGAGGAGCCGGAACUAGUAGUGAUCCAUGCGCAGACACAUAUCCGGGUACACGAGCUUUCUCUGAACCGGAAACUGACAAUAUCCGGAAGUCAAUUUGGAGUGUGCGUGAACGAGCUGUUGCCUUCUUGUCAUUCCACGCGUAUUCCCAAUUGAUGCUAACCCCAUACGGCUACACCUCUACCAAACCUUCCGACUACCAGGAAAUGCUGCGCGUAGCUGAUGCAAGCAUGUCUGCUUUGAAGGCGGUCCAUGGAAAAACAUUUAGGGUGGGCACACCGCCCGAUAUCCUGUAUGCUGCGUCUGGCGGGACGUACGAUUGGGCCAAGUUGAAGGCCGGUGUAAAGUAUUCAUACACUUACGAGCUUCGUCCUGCCGAGGCCUCGUGGAACCAGUCCGGAUUUAUUGUUGGAGAAGACCAGAUUUUACCAAGCGGCGAGGAGGUCUGGGCGUCCCUAGUUACCGUCGCUAGGGAGAUCCGAGUGUAACCAGGAAACCUGUCAUCAAAACGCCACGCGACCCGGUAGGAAUUCAAGCGUCGCAGAGAAAUUGAUUGAUGUAUAAAUUUCAAUGAUUUUUGUUAAAUCUCAAUUAAUCCAAGUAACGCAAAUUAAUUAUACGUACUGAUUGCACCAAUAAUGCAUAUACAUUUUCAUUGGUCAUAAUUCGUCCAAUAAACUUGUAUUUCAAAAAUCAUAUAAGUCAGUAACGUUGUAUGUAAGAACAAAAAGUCUUUAACGAGGAUUCUUAUAACGAAAGGCAUAUGUUAAAUAGGUCGAUAUUUUGGGAUAACCACAUCUUUGUUAGUCUAUACGGAUAUAACAGAUAAUUUUUGUAACGGACAACUCGAACAAAAGGUACAAUUUAUAUAACGUACAUUAUAUUAUUUUUUACGUUUCUUAACAAAUGAAUUUGAUUAAAACUGAAAUACCUUACUCAAAAAUC